CUCGCAGUUUGCCACAGGGUUUUGCAGUCUCCUGAUUUCCUCAUGCCCCCGAGGAGCCCGCAUGGGCAAUCUUCUUUGUAGUUUCAGAAGGUUUGUUGCCCUGAAGGUCGCAUUCUGAGUUGAGGAGUGCAAAAAUAACCCCUUGUUUUGCCUUUCCAAGAUCUGCCCCAAAGAUAAGCUGUUGCUCUUCUGGAAAGCCUGACUGGUAGGAUUCCUUCAGGGGUUCAGCCCAAAGUGCUUCCUUUCGUCCCCUCACCAGCUUCACUGGCGAUCAGAGCUUGCCAAGGACCUCUGGAGGAAAAGCUGCUGGAUUCCAUCAUCUCACCCACAAAUGGCUAAUCCUGGAGGUGGUGCUGUUUGCAAUGGGAAUCUGCACAACCACGGGAAACAGAGUGACGGCUCACCGAGUGGAAACUGCGCGAAGAAUGGGAUAGUGAACGAAGCCCAGCAAAAUGGGAAGCCACAUUUUUACGAUAAGCCAAUUGCUGAAUCCUUUGAAGAAGCACCCCUUCACGUUAUGGUUUUCACUUACUUGGGAUAUGGACUUGGAACUCUAUUUGGCUAUCUCAGAGACUUUUUGAGGAGCUGGGGAAUAGAAAAGUGUAAUGCAGCUGUAGAACGAGAAGAACAAAAAGAUUUUGUGCCGCUUUAUCAAAACUUUGAGAAUUUUUACACACGGAACCUGUACAUAAGAAUCAGAGACAACUGGAACCGGCCCAUCUGCAGUGCCCCGGGAUCUCGGUUUGAUGUGAUGGAGAGGGUGUCAGAUGACUACAACUGGACAUUUAGGUUUACUGGAAGAAUCAUCAAAGAUGUCAUCAACAUGGGUUCAUAUAACUUCCUUGGCUUGGCCGCCAGUUAUGAUGAAUCUAUGAGGACAGUAAAGGAUGUUUUAGAAGAGUAUGGCUUAGGUGUGGCCAGCACCAGACAUGAAAUGGGAACCUUGGAUAAGCAUGAAGAGUUGGAGAACCUUGUGGCUAAGUUCCUGAAUGUAGAAGCAGCUAUGGUCUUUGGGAUGGGAUUUGCAACUAACUCAAUGAAUAUCCCUGCUCUAGUUGGAAAGGGAUGCCUCAUUUUAAGUGAUGAGUUAAACCAUGCAUCUCUUGUACUUGGGGCCCGACUUUCAGGUGCAACUAUAAGGAUCUUCAAACACAACAACAUGCAAAGCCUAGAGAAGCUCCUGAGAGAUGCUGUAAUCUACGGCCAGCCUCGAGUCCGCAGAGCUUGGAAGAAGAUUCUCAUCCUAGUGGAGGGCAUCUACAGCAUGGAAGGUUCCAUCGUGCAUCUGCCCCAGAUCGUGGCUCUAAAGAAGAAAUACAAGGCUUACCUCUACAUAGAUGAAGCUCACAGUAUUGGGUCCGUGGGCCCAACUGGCCGGGGUGUUGUAGAAUUCUUUGGACUGGACCCUCGAGAUGUCGAUGUGCUUAUGGGCACAUUCACCAAAAGCUUUGGAGCUGCAGGAGGUUACAUAGCUGGAAGGAAGGAGCUUGUGGAUUAUUUACGAGUUCACUCACAUAGUGCUGUAUAUGCCACAUCCAUGAGCCCCCCAGUAGCUGAGCAAAUCAUCAGAUCAAUGAAAUUUAUCAUGGGACUGGAUGGUACCACAGAAGGGUUGCAGAGAGUACGGCAGCUGGCAAAAAACACGAGAUACUUCAGACAGAGACUGAAUGAAAUGGGAUUCAUUAUCUAUGGCAAUGAGGAAUCUCCCGUUAUUCCCCUGCUUCUUUACAUGCCUGCCAAAGUAGCGGCUUUUGCAAGGCAUCUGUUAAAUAGAAAAAUCGGGGUGGUGGUUGUUGGAUUUCCAGCUACUCCCCUCGCAGAAGCUCGGGCUCGGUUUUGUAUUUCAGCAGCACAUACGCGGGAGAUGCUAGACACAGUUUUGGAAAACCUGGAUGAAAUGGGUGAUCUCCUGCAACUGAAGUAUUCCCGGCACAGGAAGUCAGCACGCCCUGAACUGUACGAUGAGACAAGCUUUGAACUGGACGAUUAAGUUUCCUGGUCCUGAGUUGCACCUAAAGACUUUGCCAGAAAGACACCCCCCCCAUGCCUCAAAAGAAAUAUAAAUGGAUUUCUCCCCCCCUUUCUAUGCACAAUUUUGGUUUCCACACCAGCUUAAUUGAACUGAAGAAAAUGUUGUGUUUUUAAUGUCUCCAACUCGGGAGUGCAGAGACAAAAAUAUGGUUCCAGGUUUUAACUUUCUCCUCUCCCAAGUAUCCUACUACAAAUACACACACACACACACACACACUUCCUAGAACAUUUUUAAUGGCAGCGAGCCCAUGCUUUAGCUGCUACUGUGCAGACUCUUUGGUCCAGACUCUUUCAGGCGUUCCAACCAAAUGAGAGGGUUUGGGUUUUUAAUUCAGUAAAUCUCACUAUAUUUUUACUUAUUUCACCUGCAGAUGUGAGCAAGGGUCAUGGGCAGUAGCCGACCUCCUUGUUUCCCCAUAUGUGCCCCAGCUACAACUCAUCCAUAUCACUGGGAGCUCCAGGCAGGAGGGUAAAGAAAUGUUGCCUCUACCAUUUGCCGCAUUUGGACUUUAUCCAAGGCUGAGUGUCAAAGCCUUAGUUAAUGUUUGGAGAGAGAGAGUAGGACUGACCAGCAGGGACUAGAGAUAUCUUUGAAGGAAACUUUCCUUUUCCUCUUGCUGGUAUCCUACAGUUUUACAGCUGAGCUCUUGAGGUUUGGAAAAUUCAAGACUUUUGUUUCAUAAGGAAAGGGGCAGAAAGCAAACACAAGCCAAUUUUAGGCCUAGAGUAAAACCGUAAUGUUACAACUGGAAGGUUUUGGUGCCAUGUGGAGUGAAUGUUUCACUUGCAUACAUAACCCUUAUUUCUCUAAGGAAUGACUUGUCAUUUUCCUAUUAAAUUUUUAGUAAAUGGUGAGAUUCAAUUUCCUUUAGAGUUGACUCUCCAGACUAUACUUGAAUGUAUUGAUUCAAAACCGACAUUAAAAAGCAAAUUCUAUUCAACUUUUUCAAGACUGACACCCCUGUUCAAGCCUAUUAAAUAGUUCUCACUGUCUGCUGGCACAUGUGAUCCAACUCUGGUGUAAAGUGGGCUUGUACACUAUUGGGCAACGAACUGUAAUUUACUUGAGUUGUCUCUAUCUUUCUGCCUCUGCUCUCUCUCUCUCUUUCUAAAUGUGAACACAAACUUAAAUGGAAUAGUACCUCUUUGCUAAUUGGAUCUAGUUGAUAUGGAAAAAGCCAGUGGAAAACCUUAUCUUUAACAAGCUCCCAGAUGGUUCCCAGAUUUGGAAACUCUAAAGAGCAGUGGUGACCUUUUAGCAAAGCUUCUGUAAUAGUUCGAAUGAGUUACAGAACAUUCCACUCCAUCAAAUGACAGUAUAAACAAAUCACUUCAAGAGAGGUUUGACUCAUGACACAGAUGGACCCAAGCUCUCAUGCUGUGUACUGAGAUAGAAACCCAGGCCAGAACACCAGUGUUGAAGAGAGCAAUAUGCCCUGGUGCUCAUGACUGAUUAAAGGAUAAAAGUGAUCAAUGUGGAAAGCUUUUUAUGGGGAAAGUAUAACCCCUACCAGGUAUAUCAGCUUAAAAGUGGAUCACGGGGAUCCCUGGGUGGCGCAGCGGUUUGGCGCCUGCCUUUGGCCCAGAGCGCGAUCCUGGAGACCCGGGAUCAAAUCCCACGUCGGGCUCCCAGUGCAUGGAGCCUGCUUCUCCUCUGCCUGUGUCUCUGCCUCUCUCUCUCUCUCUCUCUCUCUCUCACUGUGUGCCUAUCAUAAGUAAAUAUAAAAAAAAAGUGGAUCACAAUGAUGAAGUUUCUCACAAACAUUUGUAAGCAUCACUAUCAGCAGAAGAGGAGAGGAAGUGAAUUCUGACAAUGCAGUUGCCCCAUCCAGUCACUAGUUGUGAUAACUAAAUUCCAACUCUCCCCAAUGAUUUGGUGCACCAUUACCGAUGCAAAGAAAAUAUACGUGGUAUACGUGUCCCCCAAAAAAGUUUUCCUCUUGAAAAUGUGCAUUUAAAUGAAAUUAAUUCUAGUCAAUUGUCCAAAAUGUGUAAAUGUCUUCAGUUCUAUAAAAGGAACAGUAGACAAAGAGGGCAGUGAAACAUCUGAGCUUUACUGAGGUACAGCAAGCAAUAAACAUCCCCUUCCAUUCUAGAUGUCCAUCAUCUUCAUACACACCCCUUCACACCCACCCUUUGAGUUUUAAGCCUUUAGAGGGGUGUCUUUGUAAGCAGGAAUUUUCAUCUAUCACAUGACUUUUAUGGAGGAUCUUGAGUCUGACUCAUGAUAAGAAAAUAAUUAUUUAUCUACAUGGCCUAGGGAGCAAGGGGGACAUUACUCCUGCUUCAUCAAGAUCCCAGAGUCCUGGGACAAUUUAUUACAUUCCCAGGUACAAAAGAAAAAAAAAAACUACCUCUGUCAGAGGGUUUACACUGAAUACACUUAUGAGAACAACUAUAAAUCAAAUACAAUGUUUCCUGAGAACAUUAGGAAGGCCCAGAUCCCACAGGGAUGGUAAUAUAAGAGUAUAUGUCAUAUGUAGAAUGUGGUUGGUUAAGAAGGUAAUUAUGAGAAUUUUUAAUUUUUAUAAGAAAACAUCUGCUAGGUUAAUAAAACCACAAUUUCAAAUCAGUAGGGAUUAUUGAGUCUCAAGAACUAUACUACAGCCAAAAUGUCCCUUUGGCCGGUUCGGUUAAGAACGAGAAUUUUCUAACCAAGCUCUGUUAUGUACCCCAAACAUCCCAAAUGCAUGUGUGUGCGCAUGCGCACACACUUUUCCCUUCCUUUACAGAGCAAGCAAGAGUAUAAAGGUACAGAGGUGAGAAUCUGGCUCUGGUGAGAAUCUGGUUGAUAAAUAGAUGGAAGGUGUUCUAAAAGUGGUAUUCGUAGGGGGGAUAUUUGUAGGCGAGAUACACUUGCUUAACAGGGAAAUGGCAUAAACACAUUCCUAAUCUUAUUGUGGAACUGUGUUAUUGUAGAUGUUUGGCUACACUGCCUUUCAGCAUGUUUUGGUUUGACAGACACCAUGGGCUUCAGAAUUCAUUAGGAAGCUUAUUAAAAUGCAGAUCGCUGGGCCCCCCACCAGACUUCCACAUAAUCAGAAUAGCUGUAGUGGUGCCCAGGAACUUAUAUUCAGCCAGCCUCCUCAGGAGCUUCUAACCCAUGUCAUAAUUUGAGAACCAUUGUUGGAGCUUUUGUUUGCAUAGAUCAGUUGUCCCUACUAACAUAACAAACUUUGUCCUGAUUCUCUGUUGACAAGGUGUUUAUACUACUGAAGUUAAGUGAAUUAUUCCCAUCUCUUCUCAAUGGGACAUUUUGUUCCCAUUAUCCAGGUACCUUCUCUUUCUACAAAGUUGGAUAUUAAGAAUAAUCUGCCUCUGAUUAUUUAUUUACUCCAACAAAAGCUCUCAAAUAGGGUAAAAGUUAACAAUUCUUCACACAUGCAAUGUUCCUCUAUAUUUUCUUCAGAGAUAACCAGUAUUAUAAAUGGCUUACUCUGACUUACAAUUUUCAAUGAGGAAAACUUAACUCUCUGUCAUGUACUUGAAUUUAUGGCAAUAAUAACAACUAUAUUUUGAACUUACCUGGUAAUUUCUUGGCUAUUUUUCCUGAUCUCUGUAUGGACAACAUAUUUGAAGUCUGUUUUCUCAGAACACCCUAUGCAGCUGUGUAAUUUUUGGAAAUUAAAAGGCGUCUGUAUUUUAA